GCUAWUAAAAAAAGAGAACGCACAUAUGCAAUGGUGACAUCAUCUCUAUCGUCGAGCAACGCUCGUGCAAGCAGAAAGCAUUUGUUCGGCUUGCGGUUAGUUCUCUGGUUGUGCUUUUUGAUCCUUUUGUUGGUUUUGUUGGUAUGGAUGGAAGACCCCGAGCCGUUGCAGGCCUUCGAACUGGCUGCAAAGGUCACUWACAAGGCAGACUUUUGGGGGACUUCUGAAGAAAAUACGUUGAAAAAGAAACAGACGAGCAGCGCCUCGAUUCUCACAGAUGACGACCAGACCAUGGCGAACCGAAUACAGAAUGCAGAAGGUGACGACGACGACAAUCUAUUUUCUGAAAACGAAGGGCCAUAUCACCGGAGAAAGAAAGGAAAGAACGUAUACAUCUACAAAGAUAUGCAACAGAAAAAAAGAGGAAAUUCAUACGAAUGGACCAAGAAGAACAAAUACAAGGAGAACAAACUGUUACGACGGCAUCAGACCACAAACGAGAAGUUCCAAGCCUUCCCCAUUGUUCAGAACACAGAUGAUAACAUUCCAUCGGCGGCGGGUGGAUCCAUUGUGCACGCUGCAGAUGUCCUAUUGUGUCGAGAUAGCGUCAUGGACUACGUUAUCAAUGCUACCGACCUAAAGGACGAAUGCGACGGACUAAAAAAAGCAUAUACCCAAACCUGCGCUUCCGAUGAGCAAUUGGAGCCAGAAUCUCAGCUGGACACGUCGGCUGCGUCGACGAGGCAACGAAGAUUGCAAACAACUACAAAAGGAAAAACAAAUGGAGUUGCGUACUGGCGACUUGAAUUGCUCCAUUGGUCCCAUAAACUUCGAUCCCUAUGGUCCAAGUCACGAAUAUUUUUGACCAAAGAAAAAAUACCUGAAGUAUGGGAUGAAACUGCCCUGGAGAUAGAAUUGAAGACGCAGUUACUUUCUAAUGRCAGUCGUGGUAGUAGAAGACGUGCGCUUGGAAAGGGCGUUGACGAUUACGAGGACGGCAGGAUAUCGGAUGCUUCUUAUGACGAAAUCGAAAUCAUUAUGAAAGAUGACGACGACGGAUACGAACCUUCGAAAAGUGAGAUGAUUAGAACGUCGCAAAGAAGGAUAAAAGACCAAGUACGAAAUAAUCAGGAUGGUGACAAUUCAGAAGACAGAGAAUGGGAGGAAAGUUUGGAAGGCAAAAAGAAUCCAACGUCAAGAGUACCUGGAGACGGCUUCAAAACAAGCUACGAUCCACCGGCGAACGGCGUUUUGGAAGUUCAGCUACAAGCACCAUUGCAAGAGGGAAGAAACACAACAAUAAAAGCCAAAGAGAGCGGUACAAAAAAGCCAUUGGCAAAUCUUGCCCUUCCCGUCACAGCAAAGCAUGUAUCGGGAAAGAUGCUCUCGGAAACGUUGAUGCUUCAACAGGAUAACAAACUUAUGAAGGCUGUUGCAAACCAAACGAAUACCGAAGCCAAGAACGAUGCAGCUGCUUCUUCAAAGGCCGUUGCCGAUGCUGCCAGUAUGAUCUCGAAUGUUCUCAACGAUCCCACUUCUGUCGAAGCAAGAACUUGUUGUACCUCGAUAUUGAAUGCGUUCCAUGAAAUUUGCAGUGUAGGUGAAGACGAAGAGCUUUCGGAUCGGUGGCUCUUGGUUGGAGUGGCGGUAAUUGCGUGUUGUGGGUUGGUUAAAUCUCUGAUCCGAUAUUUUCAGAUUCGUUGGCUUCCUGAGGCUGCGGGGUGUAUCAUGGUGGGAGGUAUGUUCUUGUGCUUUCCGCUCGUUCGUUCCAUUUUCAGUUGUAGGUGGCUUUGGUUUGUGUUCCAGAAUCUCAUCAAUCCAACCACGUUCUCUUGUUGCAGUCUCCGCGGGAUAUAUUUCGACGUUCUUCCCGCAUCAUGAUAUCAGUUUCGAUGGCAAAUGGUUUCUCAGAAUCAUGGUACCUCCAAUCGUCUUUGAAGCAGCUCUUAGUAUCGACAAACGAUCCUUUAGGCGACACA